GGUGUGCUCCGGUGGCAGUUCGGUAAUGGAGUCCACACAUUGGACGGGUGACGUCGAAGUUCGUUCCGAUGGUAGUACUGACAUGCACGACGAUCGUGUGCAUGCACGGCCCCAUUCUCGCGGGCAGGGGUUCCCGAGCAUGCAUUCCUUUGCCGUCGUGCGUCAAUCAACGUCAGUCGUGCAACGUCAGUACUUCCCCUCACGUGCGCCUUCCCCGUCGUUGCCCUUCGAUAGAGGGUGUGGUAGACAUUCUCCCGAGAGGUUGCAUGCAGGCCUUCUGCAUGGUUGUCCACCAGCGGUGGACAUGCGGGACGACGGUGGUUUCGCCGUUGAUGAUCACUCUUUCUCCGUCCAACAGCAGUGCGAUUUGUAUGCAGCGAGGGCAUGCACAGAAGGGACAAGCAUGGGUGCAGGUUUUGGCAUGCCGGCGGCGGGCGCACGGAACAUGGACAUGGGUGGCGCACCUUGGUCUCCCCAAUGCACCCAGAGCACGGUGCGGUCGUUCGGCAUGCGGUGUUCUCCAUCUCCUCAGGUGGGCUUUCACACGGACGGCCCGUGGAAUCGUACGAACAUGCGGCCGGUGUCUCCCGAGACUCGCAUGGAUUCACCGUACGACAAAGGCGCCGCCGUUUCCGAAGGAGCCGGUGAAGACGGUCAUGCAAAAACACGAAAGUGUUGUUCCAGUGAUGGCAAGGUCGAUGGGCGAGCAGGGUGAUGCGCAGGGCCGGGGUGCGGAAGGCGGGGAAGGGAGCAGGCGGCCGGCGAAUGCUCGACCGCCGGCUCAAAAGAAGCAAAGCGUGCCAUGGACGUUGGACGAGCGAGUGAAGCUUGCAUUCGUUAUAGGCGAGGACGAUGCCCUUAUGGCGGAUGCUAACGGCCAACACCGAUUCAAGCAGAGCAAAGAGCGGUAUGCAUGGGUGACCGAUAGGAUGAAGGACGCUGGCUUCAAACACAGGACCGCUGAAGACUGCCGCAAUAAGUGGUCCAACAUGCUGCAGACGGCGAAGCUCAUCGUCGAAAAGUGUCACACGUCUGAACAGUCGUCGGAUUGGGAUCUAUCUGUGGAGGAACGAAAGGAGAAGAAUCUCCCGCUGUCUUUUAAAAAACCGAUGUGGGACGCUAUGCAGUGGAAACUAAACCGGUCGUCGAUGAGGUGUGACAACACCUUGGCUUCGAAGAACCUAUCGGGGGAUGGAACAGAUCCAUUACCGGCGGGAGGAUUGGAUGAAAGAUGCGCGGAAUCGGAUAAUUCUGCGAAAAUGAGGCGGAUGGUCACCGGGAAGGCGAGAAGGGAAGAUGGCAGUAGCAGUGGCACGAAUGAUGAUGAUGAUGAUGAUGAUGAUGAUGAUGAUGAUGGUGAUGCUGUUGAUGGUGACGAUGGAGAUGAUGAUGAUGAUGAUGAUGAUGACGAUGAUGACGAUGAUGACAAUGAUGAUGUUGGUGAUGGUGAUGAUGAUGGUUGCGAUGAUGACGUUGAUGGUGAUGAUGGAGAUGAUGAUGAUGCUGAUGGCGAUGAUGAUGAUGAUGAUGAUAAUAAUGAUGAUGAUGAUGAUGAUGAUGAUGAUGAUGAUGAUGGCGAUGAUGUCCCCGACGAUGAUGAUGACGAGGAUGAUGGUGAUGAUGUCGUCUACUCGGGUGAAUCGUCCCAACGACACAAGUAUCGACGAAUUUUGAAGUCAUUCUGUUGCAUAUAUAAACGAACUCGUAAAGGAGUCGGCGGUUUUUGUAACCCGUUUCGGAUUCUGCGUACCGUUGUUGUUGUUGUUGUUGUUGUUGUUGUUGUUGUUGUUGUUUUUAAUGUUUUUUUGGGUUAUGUGCAUGUUUGUGUUUGUAGCCGUCGUCGCAAUUUUGUGUGUGUCGCCCUUAAACCAAUUGUUGGGCGGUUUCUUUACCCGGACACCGUGCUGCUAUUGUGCUCCGAUUUCAUGUUCACAUUGGGUGUGUUCAAGGCUUUUGUCGUGAAUUUUACAUUCGGUUGUUCAUGGUCGUCCAAGGAAUGAUCGUCGUGUGUGCCAAAAACUUUCCACGUCCGCAUGUUAUUGGUGGAAACUUGUCUCCCGCUUUCUGUAAAGAUAUGUGUUCAAAUUUUUACAUGCACGAGUGAAUUAAUAUGUUCGUAUGUUCAUAUGCAUGGGUGGUAUAUCAUUUCCAAUUAUACAUUUCGCAACAUUAAUUGCUUGAAUUCAUAUGCUUUUUGUGCAUGGGUGAACAAAGAUUACAUUAUGAG